UGCAAUCAGGAAGCGUUUCAGAAUAUAAUACCGAGCCUAAAGAAAUAUAAAGCAUUGCCACGCGUGUUGUGUGUAUUGUAUAUCAAAUGCCAGCGCAUGACGUUUUUAAACUUACGUAAGCAAAAAUUUAUUGCCACGGCUAAUGAUAGUCAAAGUCAAGUGCGCACCAAGAUAUAAUGUCAGUUUAUCGGAGCUUCUCGUUCAAUGAGAUUGGAUUCUCUGUUGAGUAGUGGCAUCUUGUAAGUUCAAAACCAUGACUGAUGAAAAUCGUAAUAUUUUGGUAACGGGCGGUGCUGGUUAUAUUGGCUCACAUACUGUUUUGGAGCUUUUGAAUGCUGGUUUCAAGGUGGUAGUUAUAGAUAAUCUAUGUAAUGCCUUCAAAGGUAAAGACAGUCAAAAACCAGAAAGCAUCGUAAGAGUUGAAAAGUUGACUGGUAAACAAGUAACUUUUGUGGAUUGUGACAUAACAAACAAAGGAGCCUUAACCGAAAUAUUCAAAAAUCAUCAAUUUUUUUGUGUAAUACACUUUGCUGCUCUCAAAGCUGUUGGUGAAUCAUGCACAAUUCCACUUCAGUAUUACCAAGUAAAUGUUGGAGGAACAUUAAACCUCUUAGAAGUCAUGAAAGACUACAAUGUAGACAAAUUUAUUUAUUCAAGCAGCGCUACUGUAUAUGGAGUACCUGAAAAAUUGCCACUUACUGAAGAAAUGAAAACUGGUGACUGUACAAAUCCUUAUGGUAAGACUAAAUUCAUGGUAGAAGAAAUUUUAAAAGAUCUAUGCCAAACCAAAAAAGAUUGGUCUGUAAUAUCUUUAAGAUAUUUUAAUCCAGUAGGAGCUCAUCCUUCUGGUGAAAUCGGUGAAGAUCCAAAUGGUAUCCCAAAUAACUUGAUGCCUUUUAUUGCUCAAGUAUCUGUUGGAAAGCGUGAAAAACUUUCUGUGUAUGGCAAUGACUACGACACUCCUGAUGGAACUGGAGUUCGUGAUUACAUACAUAUCAUGGAUUUAGCAUCAGGUCAUGUAAAAGCAUUGGUUUAUCAAAUUCAAAAAAGUCCUAAGGGUUUUCAACCAAUCAAUCUUGGAACUGGCAAAGGAUUAUCUGUGCUACAAAUAAUAGCUGCAUACGAAAAGGCCUCUGGAAAGAAAAUACCUUAUGAAAUUGUAGGCCGUCGACCUGGUGAUAUAGCAUCGAGUUACGCUGAUGCUAGUUUAGCUAAAAAUUUAUUAGACUGGGUAGCAGUUAAAGAUAUUGAUGACAUGUGUGCUGAUACCUGGAAAUGGCAACAAAAUAAUCCUAAUGGAUUUAACAAAGCUUAAUUCUGUACUUUUAGUAUAUGUUAUUAUUUAUUAGUUAUUUAUUGAUGUUAUAUUAUACAGUUGUUGAGCAUUUAAUUAAAAAAUAUAAUUCUAAUUGAAAUAUUGUUGGUGGUUCAUAGUUACCAAAGUUCAACCAAAGCAUUCGGAAAUGAUAACGGAAGAAAAUAAAACUUCCAUGUUUUCUAAAUAAAUCAAACUUUCUGUAAAAAUA